GCGAGGCGACUGUCGUAAAGAGGCGGCUGCCGUGAGGCGCGGACCGGCGCGCCCGUCCCGUCUCGGCCCGCGCCCCGCCGCCGUCUCCCCAUGAGGGGCCCGGGCCGCGCCCGCGCCGCCCGCCGCCAUGUCCCGGAAAGCAGCCAGCAGGAAGCGGAAAGCGGCGGCGGCGGCGGCUGGUGGGCCGCACGGGGAGCAGUAUGGAUGGGAUCACCCGGUUCACAAACGGAAAAGGCUGCCCCCAGUAAAAAGGUCCCUGGUGUGCUACUUGAAAGGCAGAGAGGUCAGAGUGCAGAAUGAGUCCAGUUAUCGUCGCGUGCUGCAAGGAUACGCAGCCCAGCAGCUUCCCAGUCUCCUGAAGGAGAGAGAAUUCCACCUCGGAACCCUCAACAAAGUGUUUGCCUCACAGUGGCUGAACCACCGGCAAGUGGUGUGUGGGACAAAAUGCAACACAUUAUUUGUAGUAGAUGUCCAGACCGGUCAAAUUACCAAGAUUCCUAUUCUGAAAGAUCGUGAACCUGGUGGGGUGAACCAGCAGGGAUGUGGUAUUCAUGCCAUUGAGCUCAACCCCUCAAGGACCCUUCUGGCCACAGGUGGAGACAACCCCAACAGUCUCGCAAUUUAUCGUCUGCCUACACUUGAUCCUGUCUGCGUGGGAGAUGAUGGACAUAAGGACUGGAUAUUUUCAAUUGCAUGGAUCAGUGAUACUAUGGCUGUUUCUGGUUCCCGGGAUGGUUCGAUGGGUCUCUGGGAAGUCACAGAAGAUGUAUUGUCCAAAAGUGAUGCCAGGCAUAAUCUCUCUCAAGUUCCUGUCUAUGCUCACAUAACACACAGGGCUCUGAAGGAUAUUCCCAAGGAAAACACCAAUCCUGACAACUGCAAAGUUCGAGCAUUGGCUUUCAACAAUAAGAACAAGGAGCUGGGGGCUGUGUCCCUUGAUGGGUAUUUUCAUCUUUGGAAGGCAGAGUACACGCUGUCAAAGUUACUUUCCACCAAAUUGCCAUACUGCAGGGAGAACGUGUGUUUGGCUUACGGUCAGGAAUGGUCAGUGUACGCAGUAGGAUCACAGGCACACGUCUCCUUUCUGGAUCCCAGGCAGCCUUCUCACAACGUUAAAUCCGUCUGUUCCAAAGAACGAGGCAGUGGUAUUCGAUCGGUGAGCUUCUACGAGCACAUCAUCACAGUGGGAACAGGGCAGGGUUCCUUACUGUUUUAUGAUAUCAGAGCCCAGAGGUUCCUGGAUGAAAAGCCCCUACAUGCUUGCUGCGGACUGAAGCAGAAAAUAGGAGGCAGUGAAAUUUUGAAGCUGACUACUGGGAAAGGCUGGCUGAAUCAUGAUGAAACCUGGAGGAAUUAUUUUUCUGACAUAAAUUUCUUCCCAAAUGCUGUUUACACCCACUGCUACGACUCGUCUGGAACGAAACUCUUUGUGGCAGGAGGCCCCCUUCCAUCAGGACUUCAUGGGAAUUACGCUGGUCUCUGGAGCUAAUAAUUCUUUAUAAAUGCUGAUCCUCACACAGAUUUCCACUUUUCUUUUCUUAAUGAUAAAAUUGUGUGAUGCCAUUGAUUUCUGAUUUUAAUGCAAGUUACUUUUUGGCAGAGUUUUCUGUUGGUCUCCAACAGUUUUGUACAUCUUUUUGAAUCAGUUUUUUUGCUUUAACCUCCUUGAUCCUUUAUAUGGAGGGGUUUUGAAAUCCCUUUCUAUUGUAUUUACUCCAAGUGACUCUUUCCCCCACAUCUAGGCUGUCUUGGCCAUGUGCCCCCUCCCCUACUCUGCUGUGAGGUAGGAUUCCUUUCUUAUAGAGUGGUUGCUCCUGGGCUUUCUGUGAAAGUCAGGGGGCUGUCUGUGUGCAGAUACUUUGUGUCAGUUACUUUACCUGGAGCGAGAACUACUUGUAAUUAAAAAAAUAUUAAAAAAAAAAAAAGAUAUUUAUAAGAGAUAAGCUAUUACUUUAUCUGCAGAGCCUGGCCCUGGCCUGGGUUGAUCUUAUUUUUUAAAAGUACAAGUCUAAUGGCACUGUUUGUAUGUUGGGGAUAUGAUAAUUUUCAGCUGUACUCAUUGAAGCCCAGUGACAGAUUCCCCAGGGGUGAUGCUCACCAAGCCCAAACUGCAGAAGUGCAAGAGUUCUCGAAAGUGCGUUUGUAUUUGAAUUGUAGUUUUCAGCAGUGCCAGGAGCAAAAAUUGCUCUUCUGUUCCUUCUUUGCCUGUCCCAGGUAUCAGCUUGCACAAAUGGAGUUUGUGUUGGCUGUUCUGCAGCAUGGCUGUUGCAGAGUGAGAUGACAUUGAUGGCCUGCAGAGGUGCUGAGAGGAGAUGGGGGCCAGGGACAGAGUGUCCUUGUCAUUCAAAAUGAAUUGAAUCUAUCCUUUUUCCGUAUGAGCCAAGGUUCCUGUGUCUGCUGUUGCAGUAGCUCAUGGGUUCUUCAUAAACUGCCUAAACCCCAGGACCUUUUUAGUCCUAAGUUGUGGAAACGUUUCCCAUUUUUGAUGUUAUGAUUGCCCAUUUCUUCUAAUAACCUAAUGCAUGAGAUGAACUGUGGUUUUCUCCAAGGUUAAAGUGUGUAUCUUGGAGUUAAUUCCAGCAGCCUUCCAUGUAGCAAGAUAACUUGCUGCUAGCUCAUGUUGCUCUAGCAUUUGCUGUCAUCUUGAUUGCUACAGGGGAGGCUCAGUUAUUCCUCAAAUCCUCUGCUGCCUUCUGCGUUCAGACUCCCUCACUUUAUGUGGGACUAGAUGGGGAGAAUAGAUCCAAUGUCCUUCAGAUCUAGCUGCGAAGAGGGUGAUGGUCUUACCUAAUACUUAGCUAAAAUGCAGGACUCAAGGGUGUCCAGCCUUUUGGCAGGCAACAAACUCUUGGCUUGUGACUUAUGCCUCUGCCUUCUGGUGGGAUGAAUACCUUGCCCCUGCCCCAGCAGAGCAGAGUGUGCCCGUACCUCACUGCUUUAGCACCAAAUGGGCAGCUGGUGGAAGCUGAGAAGAAAGACAAGGCUGGGACAUACUCUGUUCUACUGUCUCUGCUGGAGAUGACUGCCACCACUGCGGAGCAGCUUUAGGCCCUUACACAGUCCCUGCCAGGCUGCCUAAAGCUCAUCUGCCUGUGUCCUUGCGGUCCCACUCAUCUUUGUACUUGUCUUCUUCAUCAGUAAGGCCAAGCAGUGAGCCUCAGGCUUGAUUUCCAGUGGGUAGUGGAGACUUGGAUGGAAAUCCUGCGAGGAAUGCAGUUCUCUCUCAUCCGGGUGGAAAUCCUGGGAAGGAUUUAUCCUUCCCCAGAUGUGCACCUGUCCCAGCAGUGUAACGGGUGCUCCACAAACAGAUCUCAUGGUGUUUCAUAAUUCAGCUUCCCACUUGGGCUGAUUGCUUAAACUGAAUCAGUUCAUGGCACUCUGUGUGUGGCUAUGCAGGCUUUUCUCUGAAAUAGGGCAAAUUAUAAACUGUGGGGUAAAAGGGGAGCUCUCAAAUUCUCUUUAGAGUUGAUUAUUGUUAAAGAUGUUGUAAUGGUGCCUAUGUUGUUCUGUGAUGGCACCUUACUGCUCUGGUUAUAUUGGGGAUUUUGAACAUUGGAAGUACAUGGAGAAAAACAAGUCUUUGUGAAGUGUGGCAGGAUGUGUAUUUCUAGGAUGACUCUUUCAGCUGCUGUGUAAGACCACUCUGUUACAGGGAACAUGUUCUGCUUAAUUUGUUUUUAUUUGGGCUUGGUUUGAGGUGCUGCUUUUUUUUUUUUUUGAAGAAAUGAGACACGUGAGUCUGAGUGUCCUGCUGAAACAGCAGCUACUAGUUAGGUGCUUAGUGUCACAAGUGCCAAAGGGAAAUUCCCAAUUUGUGAAUCCUAGACUUGAUAUUGAACUAUUAAUUGAAGUAAUUAAUUGAGUUAAUUUAAUUUAAUUAAUUCCAGGUCUGGGUGAGGGAGCAAAAAGGGUGUUUGUGUGAUCUGAGCUUCAGCCUCCAAACACAGAGGCUGGUCUUCUGAGUCAGCAGCCUCCAGGUUACUGAAGAGGCACCCCUGGGAAGUGUCCCCCUCUGCUGACUAUUCACUCCUAGAGUACCUCAGUCUGUGGUCCCAAAGUCUGGCGGUACGAGUGCCCUUUUCCUGCUCCUUUUUAUUUUUCCCUUAGGAAACUUUGACAAGUCUCAGAAGAAUCUGGACAAUGAUGUAAAGUUCCUCAUGUGCUCAUUCUUGCGUGCUUCUGUGUGUUCUGCUUUCAGUGUGCUUUCUUGCUAAGAAAACCUCUCAAGGGGAGGGAGCCAUCCUUUCUGCUGUAUGAAAGUCCCCCCAAAACACUGUGUUAGAAAUCGAGGUGGAAGAAGUUAAUGAUAUGCCAGCUGUCCUCCCAAGAUAAGUAAUGGGAGAAACAUUAGAAAAAGCCAUGUUUUCUUACUUGUGUUUAUUUUGUUGCUGCAGUGGGUUAGAGAUCAGAACUAAAAUCCAGGAUCAGGGUGACAAAUGCAGGGGUUUACCAUCAAAGUGCAGGAAUGCCUGUACAAUAGGGAAUUUCCAGGCUCCACAUGGAAGGGAGCUGGGUGCAACCUAUUGUUCACCUGGUAGAUACACCCCUGCAAUAGAUUGAAUUCAGUUGGGUGCUUGAGUACUCAUUAAGUAGUGAAAAAAGUGCAUUCUUGAAUGGCUCUCUGGGCUCUGCUCAGACCACCUGACAUUAGCGUUUUCAGACAGUCUUAUCUUUUCCAGUGUUUCCUAAUGAUUUCCCCUCCUUGCUCUUUUCUGCCCUCCUGAAUGGUCUGCUUGUGGUUGCUUCCUCCACCACAAGUCAUCCCAGUCUUUACUGGAGCAAUAUUGUACUUGCAGAGGUGACCUCUGUCGAGCAGAAAUGUGCUUGCUGGCAUUUUGUCAAGCCUUGCUUGAGACCUUCAAUUUGCUUCAUUUUGAUCCAGGUGAACCUUUGAGGCUGGCUCUGACUGUGAAACGGGGCGGUUGCCUUUGCACAGUUUGACUGAUGGGAGGAUUACCCAGUAACAGUCCAUUCCUGGGGGCGGACAGUCUCUGGUUUACAUCAGAUUAGGCACUUGAAAGAGAAAAGAACUCUAAUCAUAACAGACCUUCCAACCUUCCCUCCUGCUAUUAACUUUUCAGUUAUGUGGGAUCCUUUGUGUCGCUGGUGAGUGUAGGAAGCAGUUAAUUUUACAGCUCAGCUCUUUUCAGUAGACUGACAUGUUAAUUUGGGUAUCUUUGGCUAUUACAUUUUCAUUAUUCAUAAUCACAUGUAAUCAAACUAGUGACUUAAUUAUGGGUUUGGUAGUACCCAGCUUGUAACUCUGGGUACCAACCCCUCAGCAGCAGCUGGGUGUUACCUGAUGGAUGUUCCCAAGGAAACAGAAGCUACUUCGCUGUGUUGUCUGGAGCAUAGCAAUGAGUGUGGUGCUCACCCUCUUCAUCAAACACUUUGUCCGUGGUUAUUCCUCCAGAUUUCUCCCUUGCAUAGACAAGUCGGACAGGGAGAAUUGUUAGUGCUCUCCUUGGGUGCUUUCUGGGAUGGGAAUCAAGAAAUGAGUCCCUUUGUUUAGUUUGCUCAUCAUUGCUGCUAGUGUUAGCCCAGGGUGAGUAAUUUACCAAAGAGUCGUUAAUAGGUGUUUGUUCCUAGUCUCAGUUGUUGAUUUUCCACAUAGAUGCAUCAUUAACACUGAUUGCAGGAGUGCCCAGUGAUUUUCUAGAUAUUGUUUGUCCACAGAGGUUACAUUCACAUUGUGGGUGACUCUUGUAGCUCCCUUAAUGAGGGAGACUCCUGAACUUUGUUAUGGGGAUAUAUUUGCUGCCUCCAUUUGAAGUCUUUGGCAGCUUGCUUUUUUAUGUACCAGUUAUUCUCUAGAGUUUCAUGCUCUUCCUUCACCUGAGCACUUGUUUUGUAUGUAACUUGCAGCUGCAGAGUUAACAUUAAAAUUAUGAUCCAGAGAUGUCCACUGGUGGUUUGGUGUCUUUAAUUUCCAACCCUUGGCUGAGAGGCACCUUGUGAACUGGUGUCGCUUGCCUGAUACAGAUGUGAAAUAAAGCAGGCUUGUCUAGACCCUUCUCGCUGGUCACCUGUUUACUUUGUUUGCAAGAAACCAAGAACAGAUCAACCAUCAACUGCUGCAUCUCAGCAAUGCAGCAGCAUCUUUCAGUGGCUGGGUGGGAGCUGAGGUCUAUAUCUGGGGGCCUGAUCCCCUUGUUUUCCAUGAACUCACUUUUCUAGAGUGUCCGAGAAGUUCUUAAGUAGCUUCUGUUGCAGUUGCUGCUCUGACUAAAUUGCUGAACUUGGGUAGGGCAUGUUCCUAGGAACACUGCUGCAGAGCUGUGCGAGGUGCAGGCAGAGCUGAUCCUCUGGCCAGCCCAUGCUGAGCCCUGACUCCCACGUUAGCCAGGAAUGCCCUCUCUACCUUAAAGCCUGGUGAAAAUCCCCGUGGGCAGUGCUGGCCACCACACAGCGAAGGUCUGUGGUGUGACCUCAAAAUAAGAUGCAUUUCUGAGUGUUGCAGUGUCUUCAGUAAUUUAUUUUAAAGUCUCUGAAGCACUGACCCCGUGAAUUUGUCUGUGUUGUAGUCAAGGAGAGUGGAAAAGAAAAUACAGCAACAUCAGUCUGAAGGGAUCUCCUGUGUGUGCUCUCCCUUGGUUCUGCAAGCAGGUGCUUUGGUAUGUGGUGAGGAUGGGCAAGGAGGCUCAAGGGAAAAGAUUUCCACUGCCCAGCAGUGUUUGGCAUUGCUCUCAGGACUCCUGAGGAAUUUAAAAGCAUAGAGGAGAUAUUCAUUGCUCAGGAGGUACUUGUGGCAGGGCUUAAUCAGGAACACACUCAGAGAGAUUGAGUGGGUAUCCCUGUCAUGCUCAUUUCUCCACAUUUAAUUUUCAAGGAUAUAAAUUAGGAAUUGUCUUUUUUUGCUUGUGGUGCUGGGUUUCUUUAUCAAAACCAUGUGGUACUGGCUAAUGAGAAGAAUGCUCUUGAGAGAAAGGAAUCUUCCCAAUUAAAAACUGAGUGCCAUUUUCUAGCAAUCUUUCCCUCUAGUAUCCUGCUGGGAGUUGCUGAUAUGGUCUAAGAAAGUGCGCAUAUAUCUAAAAACAGGGUGCCAGGGUUGAGAAAAUGUGGGCUGCCUGACCGUUUCUGUACUCAAAAUAAGACCAAGUAAAACACUUGCAUACAAGUUCUGGUCAUCAGACUGAAACUGAGAGGGUGUAUAAAAAACCCUUGCAAUGUAGCGUGUCGUCUUUGUAGUCCUAGGUAUUGAUUCUUUGACCUCAGAAAAAAAGUCUAGGAGUCCGUGUGUUGUUUUCUUAGGAACUGCUUUUCUAGGUUCUCUGAUUAAAAGGGAAAAUUCAGGUGCUGAAUCUUAAAAUCCCGUUAAACUUGUGCUUUUUAUUUGCCCGUUCACCUGGUCUCCUUUCCUUUCCAAGGCCUCCCACAGUCUCAGGGUAUAUAAAUCACUAUGACUCAUCCAAAUAAUACUGAAAUGGACCAACCAGAGGUUAACGUGCCUUCCUCUUCUGGUACCUUGAUCUUUGUAAAGUUAUCUCACAAAGUCAUCACUGUCUUAGGGCUGGGUGCGUGCUGUGUCUUUUUCUGAGAUGCACGCAUUGGAGUUGCAACAGUUUUGUACUGUUAUUUGUGACUCAUUCCAUUUGUUUUAGGAUGUGGUGCAGACACAAAUCAGUGCUCUGGUUUGUCCUGGGAUCAGUCUUUUACCUGUGACAUCCAUUAGUACGUGCUUGUAUGUUAAUGUGUACACAAAUGCUGGAUCUUCCCUGUUGCCUGUGAUGUACUUUUAUAUGAUGCACAAACUACACAAGGUAUUUUAAAAUCCAUGGUGAUCACAGCUUGUUGCUGGAGGGUAAUAUGUCCUACAGUGAACUCUUUUUAAUGCUUUUUUCCAAAUAUGUUUAAUAAGAUCCAAAGCCCUGGGGGAAGCGGGAGAAACGGAACUGAUAUUUACUGUCUUUUGUUGUGAAUCCAGGGCUAAUGUUCAUUGACAACUCUUGCAAUUCCAUCCACUUAAAAGAGCCUUUCUCAGCUUGUUUCUGUCACAAGCUGUGUCAGAAACAGCGCUGGAUCCUGAACUAUUACAGAAGCUGUCAAAUGAAGUAGCAGCUUUCUUUCCAUGUUAUAGAACACGCCUUUAACUGUAAGGUAAAACUGUUAGUCCAACUAUCAAUGCAGUUUGCGGAUGGAACAGCGGAAAACUGCAGAUCGUAUGUGAAACCUGCCUUUCUGCACAUGGGGCUCAGUGCUCAGAGUUACCUUGUAAAUUGUUUCUCCUCUCUGAAACACGAUCAUUUUUUUUUUAAUAGAAAGACAUUACAUGUUGGGCUUCAUUUCUGAAUUGGCAAAGGAUAUCUGUUCUUAAGCUGACAUCUGGAAUUUGGGCUGAGUUUCUGUCUGUUCUGCAGGUAGCAGAGGGUAGUGUGAUUGAUACAAGAUGUCCUUUCCCGGCUGUAAGUUUAAUUUGAUAAUGAGAGUGUGGGAACAGGAACACUUCCACACAUGCUGUGGCCUUCAUUGGGCAUGUAUGUCUGUAAUUAAUUGACACACAGUUCUGCGUUCUGUUGAUCCAGGAGGCUACUUUCAUUUCUAGUGCAGCAUAAUGAGUUAUCAGUGUGCUGGCAAUCAUAGAUGCUCAAGGAGCUUUAACAUACAUGUGCUCCAUGUGCUAACGCUGCCUGUUCUCUUUGUAACUCAGUGCAGCCUGAACCUGGAGUUCUGUUUUUAGUUCUUUACAACUUCAGUGUUUCAAUUAAUUCAGUGAGGUCCUGUUUUUAUCACAGUCACUUCUCAGAGCAGAACAGAUAAGUUUAAGUUUGUUUUUUAAUCUUUAGCAUCUUCAUUUUCUCCCAUUUUUCCCUAGUUGACCUUUAACAAUCAGUUCAAAGCCACUUGCCUAGUCUGAAAAACACAUAUCAUAAUAAAAAAACCAAAACCUGUAGCCCACUGCAGAAAGAUCGCUCUGUGCUCUUGCCAUGAAUUUCAGUGGCUGGCUGGCUGCCUCAGAGUGGAGACUCUGCUCCUGUGCAGUCUGCAGAAGCUGUAAUUGUCUUACUUGUAUGUUGCAGUCGAUGUCAGCAGAUGGGGAAGUGGACGUGCCCUGCAUCAGCACCCAGUGUAUUUGUUAAACUGAUCGGUUGUGGUUUAGUCAACCAGAGAACUGGUGUCUUUGGCUGCUAAUCAAUGUCAUAACUAAAGAUUUCAUUGGGAGCAGAGCCACAAGGGUGCAUUGUUUGCUUUGCUGACUUGAUCCCAUCUAAAGGCUUUCUCCAUAGAUUUUUGUCUUCUGCUUAUUUGCUGGAUUAUGAAAAAGAUGUGCUAUUGAAGUGCUCUGAGCUAAGCUGUAACCCUGUGCUCAAAAGGCAAAAGUUAGUUGUUACCAUGAGCUUUGGCCAGCAGUGAUGCCACAGGCUGGCAGUGCUCAGAGAUGAGCUGGGAAUGGAGCGUUCAAGCAGUGGAAGCCUUGAGGGUUUGCUCCAUCAUGCCUUAUGCUUAUGCGACUGCAGAUCGGUUGCUGUCAGAACUUUCACAACUGCUGGUCGUCCAUCCCUCUUCAGAUGAGAUGUGAAGUUGGCAUGAGGAAGAGCCAGUUUCCUCAGUGAUCACACACUCUCCCUCUCAUCACUCAAGGUUACCAGUGCACUCAACUCAGCUGCCAUCAGCCCCCUCCAUGUGCUUCCUGAUGUGAUGAUGGAGUAAAAGGGCCCUGUCUGCAGCGCCCUCCACCUGGCUGGUUGGUGAAUCAGCGGAGGCUGUAUGUGCAAGGGUGUUAACAGGCAAGCUGGGAUUGCCAGUUCCAGCUCUCUGCCCUGGGCUUCUCUUGCAGUGGAGGUGUGACUAUGGGACUAUCAUGGCAAGGUCUGGAUAAGUAAGUUCUAACUAAUGGGCUCUGCCACUCUUUUUCAAAAUGCUGUGUCUCCAUUCUCAGCUUCUUGUCCCAGCCUCGCUCCUGUCUUGCAACCCUCCACUCCCUGGGACUUGAGUGAAUUCCCUGCCUGCUGUCAGGCACUGGGUCAGAUACCAGUUCAGCAAAGCCUGGGGGCCCGUGAUUAAGCCCUAGUGCCCUUCACUGGCUUCGGCAGUCGCUUGCUGAAUUGGAUCUGCUCACAAGUCUCCCUGUUCAUUAGAUUCAGCCCUGGGUAUCUCCCUGGACUGGUAUCCCCCUUUCAAUCUGAAGGGCUUUGCUCCAAAUUCAUUCCUGCUCCAUGAAGGAGCUGAUCCCUCUACUGCUGUCUCUUUCAGUUUGGUGGCUUUUAUUUUCUAUCUGUUUAUUCUGCAAUUCGCUGCAUGUGUAUAAAAUCCUACUGACUUUCUCAGUUCUCCUGAAUGUGGUACAAGGGCCCAUCUGUGAGGCAUCAGAAUUAUUUCUCUAUUUCCAAGGUGCGCAGGAACAAAGGUCUCUCACAAACAAGUUUUAGGGAGGAGAAGCAGCUGCAUACACACAAGUGGAAAGGUAUCUCUGGGAAGAAUAGGUGAGGGAGAAGCCCAAGAACUUUAAAUAGAAGAACAGUAACUGAGUUUCUUGGUUUCUUUUUUAAAAAAACUGUGUCAAGAGGAAAUGGUUCUGUAUCCUGAUCCAUGGGAAGUUGCCAUGUAAACUGGAGUUUUCUGUUAAUCAAUACGAAAUGUGCCUCUCAACUAUAAUGCAAAAUUCAGUCUCUGUUCUCUGCAAUGGGAGAAGUUAAACUGAAGAUUUAAUGUUGUUUCUUGCUCUUUGUGUAAUCAUCCACAAAACAGCCCUUGCUGGUCUUUCACAAGCACCAUAUGACACCAUUCCUAUUUAAAAGCAAAACGGGGAUUGCAUUGAGCAAUGGAACCUGCUGAACUUCCUUGGUUUGAGAGACACUGGAGAGAAGAAUCCAGGUUCCAUGUGUUUUAAACACAACUUCAAACCAAUACAGCUACUCUAUCUGAUCAGCACCACUUCCUACCUUUCCCUCCAUUCAGAUGGGAAUGUAAAAGUAAACCCAGCAAUACGUGAUCCAGUUGACAUGCUUGCAGGUGGAACAUAGUGGUUUUGAAAUUCAAGGAUUGAUAUAUCUCUUAUGGAAGAACUCUGUGUGGGUGCAAGAACUUGGAUUUUGGAUUACAGCUCUUCUGCCAGCUUGCUAAAUGCAAUCAAGAACUCUGGAUCAUUCCAAAGAAGACUCUGGUAGAACUGCUGUGAAGGUGUAGACUGGAACUGAUAAUUUUAGGUCAUCUGUGUGUUGCUUGACUACAUGGACAAUGUUACAGGUGGUUUUUUUACGGAUUGCUUUACCUAUGUCAGUCACAAAUAACUCUUAAUUUGCCGUUUGGAGGAAAACUGCUAAUAGAUACAUUUCUGGAUCAAAUUAAGAGCCUGAUUUUCCAUCUUGCAUUAACUAGGUCACCGUGUUCACAUGCCAGAAAGAUGUUGCUCUUUGGAAAAGCAUGUUAGUGUAUGUGGCAAUGAACCAUACACUUUUUAAAUACCUAAAUCUGUACAUUCUCACCUGAGUAUCGUUAACCAUGCUGUAGUCUGACAAAUCAAUCUUUUACUACUGCCCUGUUAUAUAGAUACUUGUAAUUAACUGCAGUUUGUUUUUUCCACUACUUGAAGUUGUGUGAUCUGAAAAUUGGUGAACAAAAAGUAUUUGUGCAUCUUACUAUGGGUAUCUCUAAAUAAAAUGUAUUUGUAUAGGGUGUUGGCUUGGCUGACAAUUUCCUUUAUUUGCAUGUGAUCCUAGCGCAAGUAAAUCCAAGGCACUUUGAGAGCAAAGGUGCUCGGGUUUCUCCCUGUAACAGUCCAGCCUCUGUGUUGACACAACUGAUUCUAGAGAAAUCAAGUAAACUGUUUUCUUCCUUUCA